AUGGAUGGAUGGGAAUCCUCUUCCCUGUUGCAUCAGCCUUUCCGGCCCCGAUGGACGGUAAUCCGAUAUCGACAAUACUCAUUAUCGGCGGUUAUAGGUGGUCCGAUUGUUGUGGGUCCUUUCUGCUGCAUCAAACUCUCAAUAUUCAAAUUCAGUUUUCCGGCCACCGGUGUUUCAACUAUCAAAGCUGGUGACCAACUCAACCUCACUACGUCUCAGCUUGUUUCCCCGGGUGGCAACUUCACGUUAGGGUUCUUUAACACCACAAACUACAGAUAUGUAGGAAUUUGGUAUACCAACGAUGAAACUUACAAAGUAUGGGUAGCCAACCCAUCCACACCGAUCAUAUCCAGCUCUGGUGUCCUCAUGAUCGAUCCAGACACCGGAAAAUUGAUCAUCGCCACUGGAGGAACAACACUUGUAAACAUAUCCGACAAUCAAUCCAGUCCUGAUUCUAAUAUUACAGCAACUCUCGAAGACACGGGUAUGAAACUUGGGUCGGACCUUAGAACGGGAAAGAACUGGAACUUAACUUCUUGGUUGAGCAAUGAUAUUGCUGAUUUCGGUGUUUUUACUUUGAGCUGGGAACCAACUGAUGAAGCAUCUCAGAGAUUAAUGAUUCGAAGACGAGGUCAACCCUACUGGACUAGUGGGAAUCUAAAUAAUCAAACAUUUCCAUACAUGACAGCUUUGAAUAGUCCAUUUAGCAAAUACCAGUACAAUCUCAGUUAUGUAUACAAUGACGAAGAGAGGUACUUUAGUUUCCAUGGAAUCAAUGGCGUUCAACCCAUGUGGUUUUUGACUCCAGGUGGCCGAGUUCAAGAUGCGGAUAACUUUGCAGUUUGGACUCCUGAAUUCUGUUAUGGGUAUGAUUCGGGUGAUGGGUGUAUCGCAGAUUCUAAUACGAUUCAGUGUAGGGAUGAGAAUGAUAAAUUUAAUUGGUUGAAUGGGGAUUUUGCACCUAUGACGAGCAGCUCGUAUGAUGACAAUUCAAGCCUAAGUAUGAGCGAUUGUAUGGUGAGGUGCUGGAAUGAUUGUAGCUGUCUCGGGCUUACCACAAGUAGCAAUGGAACUGGUUGUAUUACUUGGACUGGAGCUAAAUCAGUCGAUAACUUUUCAAUCAGUUCAACAGGGAGUGCUGUAUUAAAGUAUGUUUUAAUUUCUCCAAUUCCGAUGAUUUCUCCAAAUCCAAGUAAAGGAAAUGCUAAAAACUGGAUCUGGGCACCCAUUGUUGCUUCCAUUAUUUUACUUCUCUUUUCUGCUGGUCUAUUGUGGUAUCUAAAGAAGAAUAAGCUUAGACGAGAAGAGGAAAAGAGACAAAAGAGAGAUGACGAAUAUUUCUUGGAGCUAAUAGCUUCUGACAGCUUCAAGGAUGCAAGUAAUCUUGAAAGUAAUGGCAGAAAAGGAAGUGACUUGAUGGUGUUCAGCUUUGCUACCAUAGUGACAGCCACAAAUGAUUUCGCAAGUGAAAAUAAGCUCGGAGAGGGUGGUUUUGGACCUGUUUAUAAGGGGAAACUUAGUGAUGAACAGGAAAUUGCAAUUAAAAGGCUUUCAAGAACAUCGGGACAAGGGCUUGUGGAAUUCAAGAAUGAACUCAUUCUUAUUGCCAAACUUCAACAUACAAAUCUUGUUCGGGUUCUAGGCUGUUGUAUUCGUGGAGAAGAAAAAAUGUUGAUUUAUGAGUACAUGCCGAACAAGAGCUUGGAUUUUUUUCUCUUUGAUGAAACAAGAAAGACACUGCUAGACUGGCCGAAACGAUGGAACAUUAUUGAAGGGGUUGCUCAAGGGUUGCUUUACUUACAUAAAUACUCGAGAAUGCGAGUUAUUCACAGGGAUCUAAAAGCAAGUAAUGUUUUGUUGGAUGAAAAUAUGAAUCCCAAAAUUUCUGAUUUUGGUAUGGCGAGAAUCUUCAAACAAAAUGAGACCGAAGCAAUUACCAAUAGGGUGGUUGGAACAUAUGGUUACAUGUCUCCCGAGUAUGCAAUGGAAGGAACUUUCUCGGUGAAAUCUGAUGUCUUCAGCUUUGGAGUCUUAACAUUAGAAAUUGUCAGCGGAAGAAGAAAUACAAGCUUCUCCUAUCUUGACAAAACCGUCAAUCUAAUCGGAUACGCAUGGGAGCUAUGGCUAAAAGGGGAUGCAUUGGUGUUAGAAGACCCAACUCUAGCAGAUUCUCAUGUCACACACCAAUUAUUAAGGAGUAUCCAUGUGGCACUUCUUUGCGUACAAGAAAACGCAUUAGAUAGGCCAGAGAUGUCAGAUGUGAUUUCUAUGCUUAACAAUGACACCAUGUCAUUACCUUUCCCAAAGCAGCCAGCAUUCUUCAUUGGCAGAAGUGCCUCGAAGUCAACUUCAGUUGAAAGAAAGUUAGAGGACUAUUCUGUAAACAAUAUGACCAUUACAGUAAUGGAGGCUCGAUAGUGUAUCAUAGUUAUUGUUGGCGAAUCACUAAAUUAUUACUAAAUCCUUUCUAUUGAUUUUUUUUUUCUAUAGCUUUAGACGAGUUGUUGAGAUAAACACUUGGAUUUUCUAUUUGGUGCUUUUACUCAUGGGUUGGUGCCCAAACUUGUAUACAUAUUGAUUCGACUUUGGGGCAACCAACAGGUUGCUUUUGGUGGUGGAUAUUCGGUUUUGUGGGAAAGUGAUGGAAUGAAAUCUCAGAUUCUGCUCGACUAAAUUUAAAC